AUGGGCGACGUCGAGUCGCUCGCGCAGCUGCUGCGGCACCCCGAGGACCUCGACAAGAUCCCUGCGCUCAAGGCAGAGUUCUCGCGCAAAAAGGCGGCCGUCGACGGGCAGCUGCGCCAUGGCCUGCGCGAACAGCUGGAGCUGACCCAGGCGGGCAUGAACAGCAUCACCGACGGCCAGCGCACCGUCAACCUGAUCAAGGAGGAGAUGAUGAAGAUUGACAAGCUGUGCGCCGAGGCCCAGAGCAUGAUCCAGGACUUCCCCCACGUCAACGUCGUCGCCCAGACGCACAAGAAUUUCGAGAGCGUCGAGAAGAUGCGCAGCGACAUCCAGUCCUUUGACGAGCGCUUGGCCCAGCUCGAGUACCUGCUCGAUCAGGACGACGAAGCCCCCACCGAGCAGCCCAAUCUGCUGCAGAUCCACUACGGCCUGACCCAGCUGCGCGACAUCCGUGACGUUGCCAUGGACCAGAUCAAGAGCACCGAGGACGGCUCCACCGAGCUCAUCGACAACCUCACUCUCGAGAACGGCGCCACCGUACAGGACCUCUUUGCCCGCCUGGACGACGUCAUCGAGCGUUUCGACCAGCACAUCGGCGAGGCCUGCAUCAACCUGAUCGAGCUGGUGCAGACGGGCAACGACGGCAUGGUUGUGCGACUUGCUGUCAUCGUGGAGGAGGAAGAGAAGACCGAUGCAAAGGUCAAGGCGCUGCAAGAUGCGCAGCGCGAGUACAAGGACCUGGCAUCGCGCUUCAAGUCCAUCACGGCUGGACCGAAAGAGCUGCGCGGCUACAAGGACAAGUUCACCAAAGCCAUCGAGUAUGUCUGCGAAGCGAAUAUGGCCGAGGUUAGGGAGAAGUUCGACGAAGACCCUGAGAAGGUCGACAAAUACUUCAAGUGGUACUUCAACAACCUCAACACCGUCAAGCUGGGUAUGAUCAACCUCAUGCCCAAGAAGUGGAAGAUCAUGCAGACGUACACGAAUAUCUACCACAAGCGGAUGCAUGAUUUUCUCAUGAGUCUGGCUGAAGACGAAGGUCUCGGGCCACAGUACCUCCUCGCCAUCAUCAAUUGGGUCGAUAGAUACUAUGCAAAGAUGAACAAGCUUGGCUUCCCCGAAGAAUCUCUCGAGCCCCAUGUCAUCGAUAACCGCGGCCCAGAGCUGAUCCGCACAUAUCGCCAGGUCAUCAUUAACGCUGUCGACCAGUUCAUGGACCGCAUCAACUCGGGCGACAGAAAAAGCUUCUUGGAGCAGGACCGCAACGCUUACGAGGUCAACCCUGACGGUAUCUUCCAAACAAAAUCACUCGGCGAUGUAUGGACCAUGCUUAGCCAGAACCUCUCUGUGGCCGCCAGCAGCGAUCGCAAUGACGUUGCAGAAGGCACCGUGGAUUCUAUGAUACGCGCCCUCACUACCCGCCAACGCAUCUGGACCCAGCUCAUCGACGACGAAAAGGACAAGUACAUGGGCCCCGCGCCUACUCAGGACGGCGACGGCGUAGCGGUCUUCCAGGAAUGGCUCAUUGCUAUUGCCAACGAUCAGAUCAUCUGCAUCGACGACGCAGAUGAAGCUGUUGGGCGACCCUCCUUCGUCACAAUCUUCGAGCGCGAAGCUACACCCCUGCUGUCAGCCACAUAUCUCUCCGACCGUCUGGCUCCACAACUAGACGAGCUGCGCAAUGGGUAUAUUGAUAUCAGCUCGCACUGCAUACAGAUCUUUUGUCAGCUAAUAUUCCUGACUGAUUUCCGGCCCAUUCUCAACAAAUUCUUCACGCAGGAGUGGUAUCAGCGCACCGACAUGGCGUCCAUUAUAAUCACCUUCCGCGAUUAUCUUGCCGACUACGAAGAACAAGUUCAUCGGUCUUUGCGGGAUUUGUUGAUCGAUUCGCUCGCAGAUGAGCUGCUAGUCCAGUACCUGGGUGCGGUGCGCAACAAGUCCGUCAAGUUUCGCCGUUCCGAUCAAUUUGCAGCCAAAAUGCGCGACGACCUUGUCACGGCUUUCGAGUUCUUCCGCACCUACGGGGAUCAGGGGAGGGAAAUUAUGGGGCGAUGGCGCGCAGUCGAGUUUUUCCUCAGACUGCUCGAGACCGACAAGUCCCAAGUGCCAUUCGUGUAUGAGGAGUUCAAGUCGACGUACCGAGAUGUGCAGAUUGGGUGGGUGGAGGCGGUUCUGCGCAGCAGAGACGACUUCGACAGAGCCAUGCUCAACGCUGUCAAGGCGAAGGCGGCGGAGACCCCGACGGAAGACAUAGAUGCCCCAGCAGAUCCCAUCAUGGGCAGGGUGAAGUAG